AGCAUGCACCGCGCGGAUGCAGCAUAUGUUGACAAAAGAAACAGCAAGAGAAACAUAACAGGGUGGGAUCCGAGUUCAACAAAAACACUAGCGACACCAAACUAAAACAGGGCACUACUGACAGUAACAAGUGGAGGGAAGAGGGGCCCAGUAAGACCUCGGACGGGAAGGAGAGAGGGUGCUCAGCUGGAGCCAAUGCAGCCCCAGCAGCAGAAUCGACAGCCUGAGCUCGUGGAGGGAAGCCUUCCUGUGUUUGUGUUCCCCACAGAGCUGAUCUUCUAUGCAGAUGAGCAGAACUCUCACAAACAAGUGCUCACACUCUAUAACCCUUAUGAGUUUGCACUUAAAUUUAAAGUGCUAUGCACAGCGCCAAACAAGUACACCGUGGUGGAUGCAACUGGAGCUGUUAAGCCACAGUGCCGCGUUGACAUAGUGAUCCGACACAGGGAUGUACGUCCCUGCCAUUAUGGGGUUUACGACAAGUUCAGACUCCAGGUGUCGGAGCAGAGCCAGCGGAAGGCCCUGGGUCGCAAGGAGGUCUCCGCAACGCUGCAGCCGUCGGCCAAACAGGACCCGCCGCAUCCCCGGCCUCAGGAAGAAGAGCGCAGGCUGAAGGAACAGCUGGCAGACAGUGUGUUCUUUGAGCAGACCGCAUUUCAGACAGAAAGCCGGGCUGUUGCCGGAGGACCCAGUCUGUUGACUGUACUGCUGGGGCUGGUUUGCGUGGCUGCCCUGAUGCUUCCCACCUUGGGGGACGAAGAAUCCACUGUGCCUGUCUACCUCCACUUAAGUGUUAACAAGAAACUAGUCGCUGCUUAUGUUUUAGGUCUUCUUACAAUGGUCAUCCUGCGUACAUGAAGCCAGUGAGCUCGGAGAGAUACGAGGGAGGAAAGAGCCCUGCAAUACCCAGGGAUGUGUACCACUCUGCAGCUGGCAGUAAGGGAACAGGGCCCUGGGAUGUCUGUUCAUCUCUGACCCCUUCCUUGAAGCAUAUUCAUUUUGCCUACUUGUUGAAAUGUAUUUAUAUGAAUUAACAUUCAUCAUUGAACAAACAGACAAUGAAGACCUCUAGAUCUGGGGUCAAGGAUCUCUCCGGUCGAGAAACUGGCUCUUUGGGUCCUAGAAAGGGCUGGUGAAGUAUAACAAGAGACAUUGAAUUACAGCGCUAUACUAAUGUUAUGUAUGCCCCGUCUGUACUUCCUUUGCCACCAUUUGACAGAAUGAUAAACUUGGUUAAGUUUUCAUGCAAAUCGCUACAUGUAUAUAAAACCAUUUUUGUUUUCUUACGCUACAUGUACAUAAAGCCAUUUCACUUUUUUCUUAUAGGUUACCACGUUCAUCUGUCAUAUUAUUGAAUUUUAGACUAGUGUAGGUUCAGGAUUCUUUUUUUUAAUGACAGUUCAAAUGUUAUUCUGGCUUCUUCAUUAAAUGUUGAAUAAAGUCUGAACGUCUUCAGAUCAGUAAAUACUUUGACUUUCUGUGAUGUAGUGGCCCAGAUGUACUUAUACUUGUGGGAACAAAACUUAUGAUUGUGUUAAUGCUGGAUAUUCAAGAAACGGAAUAAUUUAUGGUUACCUCACACUACCGUAGUAGUGUGACUGCCUCUAUAAUACAAUUUUGGGCCAAUUAAAUACAUGUCGAUGGGGGCAAAUUGAGGACCAGAGCUAGUGGAAGUAAACGAUAAUAUGGACUGCAGAGUAGAUAUGAUUGUUACUUCAAAAAAUGAGGCAGAAAAAUCGAAUAUAAAAUCACCUCCUUACUAACAGAUCGAAAGCUAAAAAGGUCCAAAAGGAAGAACUGUCCAUUGACUUUGCCUUUCUCAAGGAAUCACUCGGAAAAACUAUAAAUCCAGUUCUGGUACAGAAUAAAGACUCAAAUUACUAACAGGCAGUACUUCCACACUUCCGACAAGAAUAAAUGGGUUUAUUUUAGAACUUUCCCACACACGGUUCACAUACAACUGAAACAUCACUGCAGGAACAGGUUCUGCAUCGAAUCUUUUUCAAACGGACCAAAGCAGAAACAGGAAAAACAAUAAAGAAGUCAAUAUCUUUCCCCUAAAAUGUUUGUGCCUGUAUCAGAGGAAGAAAUUGUAUGCACAUAAAUGUUACUCAGCAUACAAUUAUGUAUAAACAGCGACGGAGCAGCCUUAACGUUUCAAUCCCAAUAAUACAGAGCAUUCUCUGAUUAAGUCUGAUCAUCUGCCAAGUCAAGUAUUUUGCCCCAACAGUAGGCAAUUCAACUUGCAGCGAGUUUGACAAGCUGGCAGCAAGUAUGACAAGCUGGCAUGGAAAUCUCAACACAGUUUACAGCCUAUGGCAUAAAAAAAAUAUGAAUUACAGGGAACUGAAAACUCGUGUUACAAUCAACUUCCAAUACGGUAAAAUUGUAACCAGGAACGCUGACUUAUGCCUCCACGGCCAUGAAUUUAGUGGCGUGCUGAAGGUCUGUGCCUCGUGUUCAACCUCACAGCCAAUAACCAAAUUAAAACUAUGAUAUUAGACAAGGUUUAAUAUAUACACAUAUACGUACAAUAAAGCAAGAGGAACAAAAAUAAUUUAAAUCCUUUCAUACAAAACCUGCAGACUGUACAGACAAUAGGCCUUUGAACAAACGUUUUCCAGCACAAACAGGGCAUUCUACACAUCCAAAUAGUCUUUUUUUUUUUUUGUCCAGUGCUUAAUGUCUCUCGCGGGAGAGAACCAGCUGAUACAUUGGCAGUAUAGACAUGGAAACACAGUAUCACUAUGAAGCGAUGCACCAUUAAAAAAAACCUCCACAACUAGCAGCUGGUGCCCUUAAGGUCUUCCUCAUUCCUCCAUCACAACAGUCCCACCUGUGUCUCUACAAGCAAAGCACACAACCAUGGCUUUUGUUUCCUUUCAGACAUAUCAGGACCCUCCAACCUGAAGCCAAACCACCAGCCUCACAAAAGCAAAACAUGGUGAAAAUCCACUUAAACUAAAGCUAGGUGAAGGAGGGUCCGAGAAGGAAACACAAUCUUCACCCUCCUCAGAUGGAGACCGUCGUUUCACCAUUUCAUCUUUCUCUUACUCUAGUGUCUCUUUAUCCUGCUCUAGUGUAUCUUGCAAGUCUCCUUGUUCACUUAGGAGACAGGUCCUGGAGGGAUGUGAAGGGGGAAUUGCUGGAGGAAGGCGAGACUCCCUCCAUUUUGCCAGGCGAUCCAGUGGAAGAGCACACACUGCUGAGGCUGCCGUCCAGCAAUUCUGGGCUUGGACUGAGGGAAAACAUUUAACGUGAUUAUACCAUAACAUUACAUUUGCUCAGCCUAAGCAAACCAAUUCAACACAGAAAUUGCAAUAAUCAUACAAAGAGUUAAAACAUGGAACGGGUACAGCAACCCGCCUUGAAAUAUAUCCUAGUGGAUUCCAAUUUAUACUGUAGUACUACAAGUCUUAAUUAUCUUGGUGGAUUAAAGCAAAUAUGAUACAAUUUGUAUAGAGGCUAAACAACAUUUUCCAAGGUCAACACUUAAACAGGGGAAGGAGAGUAUCUUAGGCUAUUCUGAUUGGGGACAGACGCCUUACCAGGAACUGACAUCCAACAGGUGGGCUAUAUCUGUCGACAACAUGGUUGUAGUCCCCUGAAAGAGCCUUUUAGGUUGGCUCUCUAUGUCCAUCUCCCCUGCAAAACAAAUCAACAUUAAAAGGUUGUUUUUUUUAACGGCGCCUUUCACAGAAACCAAAAGGUGUUUCACCAACAGCAUUUGCCAACCGUACCUUUGCGUUUGAUUGGCCCCAGUAUGCUGGCUCUGAUGCAGUUAAUCGGACUUUGACUGCGGCGGCUAAACGCAAGCAAACCAGAAAUAUUUAUUCAUA